AUGUCACUGCGAUACCUCCUUAUUGCAUCUGCAUUGCUGAUAGCUCUCUGCGGAGCUGAUGUUUCGGAAAUAAAGCCAGGAAAUAUUGAUUUGCCGUUCAAUGACUUGUUGCCACCAUUGGAGGAUGUAUCCAGUACCACGAGCUCGACUUCAACAACUACCACAACCUUAAGGACAACAAGAUCAACGACCACAACAACGCUGGCCACGAAGCCCACCAAGAAACCUUAUUACACAAAACCCACACAGGCGGCCAAGGAGGAUAAGGUGAAACCCAGUGCUGCUAAACAGGACAUCCAGUUGCUGUCCCUGGAUCUGCUCCCACCCUUUGAGGAUGAUGCCAAGCCAACGGAAGAGCAGACCCAGCAGGUGGUAAAUACCGAACCAAGUUCCGUAGUCAAGGUCACUCCACCACCCACUCCCAAACCCGUGAUCAGGAUCAGUCAACCUACUGUUCCCAAGCCUGUGAUAAGUGUCCCUUCGCCUGCUGCUUCCCGGCCAGCGGUCAAGGUCAUUCAACCGGCAUACUCGGUACAUCCUGCACCUCCCGUGGUACUGCCCACCCAGGCCUCCGUCCUGGCCAGCGGCUUCCAGUCCCGUUUCUCCAAUUACUUCCUCACAAGCACCCCACGUCCAAGACGCGGUCCUCUGCCCACGAUCACACCCUUUCCGCAUCACGUCCGACUAUAG